AUGACUAAGGGAGGCGGUGGAGGAGGUGGAGGCGGAGGAAAGGGAGGCGGAGGCGGUCAUGGCGGAGGCAGUCACGGCGGAGGCGGAGGAAAGGCCUCCGGUGGCGGAAGCCAUGGUGGGGGAAGCCACGGCGGGGGGAGCCACGGCGGGGGAAGCCAUGGCGGAGGCAUCUCUCACGCAACCGCUUCUCACAUCCAGAGCUCUGCCGCCCGUAUGGGAGGUGGCGGUGUCGCAAAGGGGUCUGGUGCUGCAGCAGCGCAGCGAGAUGCUGCUGCCCCGUCUAAGGUGACUGGGAGUGAUGCGGCAGCCCUCCAGGGCUUCACGGCGAAGACCAGUGGCGGAGUGGAGAAGGGCUCCCCUGCUGCUCAGCGCUCUCUUGCCGCUUCCCCCCGGUUUCUCCCCCUUCCCUUCUCCGACUUCCCGAUCUUCCCCUAA